AUGAUUCUCAUUUUCUCGAUAUCUGUUUCCGUUCGGAUCGUGUUUUCCUCAAUAGCUUUAAUAAUACGUACAAGGAAUCCAGAUUCACAUUUAUCAGUAAAUCUCUCAUGUAUCGUAUACGUGGAUUACUGUAGUAACCUAUUCUCAGUCACUAUCACAUUUUGUUUAUCACUGAACCGAUGUUUAUGUUUUGUUUCCGAGAAAUGGAAUUCGAGAAUUUUCGAUAAGUGGAUUCUCCCUGUAAUUUUCAGCGUUAUUAUUUCAAUUGCUGGUGCUAUGGCGAUGAUUUUUACUUCUAAAAUCAGCAGACGGUAUUUUAUAUUUUUCGGAUUUAUUGACACAGUACCAAAUAAAUAUUCAAAAUCAAGGAUUCAGACUGUAUUCAAUGUAUUUUCAUUUGGAUCUGUUAUCUGCUACAUUUCUUUAUUUAAACAUUUACGGAAAGAAAAUAGGACUGUUAUCAAUGUUUCAGUAUUGAGGAAACGGACUAAAAAUCGAGUAUUUUCACACAUUCUGAUUACAGCCGUUUUAUAU